CCCCCUCGCGCGUGCGCGUCACCGCGCCGCCGCGGCGGGGAGCGGUUGCCGCGAUGUCGCCGCCGAGGCCUUCGGUCCUUCGGUCCCUCAACAGCCGCGAACUCUCCGAGGUCCUCUUCAACAACCGCAGCCCCCGCUCCGUCCUCCCCAUCUGGGUGGAUUUCGAAGGCAGACCGCGUUAUUACCCGGUGCUGCAACCGCGCACCGGGCGGAUCAUGCACAGCUACCGGGGUCAUCUAUGGCUCUUCCGGGACGCGGGGACGAACGAUGGCCUCCUCGUCAACCAGCAGGAACUGUUCGUAGCGGCUCCCAACGUGAAUAAGGCAGACAUCACGCUGCCAGUGUUCACCCUGAAGGAGAGAUGUCUCCAGGUCAUUCGCAGCCUGGUCAAACCAGUGGACUACAGAAAACUGGACAUUGUUCGGUCAUUAUAUGAGGACCUGGAAGAUCAUCCUGAUAUUAGGAAGGAUCUUCAGCGGCUUUCUCUGGAGAAAAGUGAAAUGUUGAACGGAAUUCUGGAAUAACAUCAUUACUCAUUCUAGACUCUAUUUAAAUAGCAAACCACGGAGUUUAAGCAGGGAUAGUCACUGCGAAACAUGCCAAGAACUAAUGUCUGUAUUUUAAGUUCUGAAACAUAAACUCAGUUAAAUUGUGGAAAACUUGCUGCGAUGGUAAGUCAGAUCCAAAAGACUAAACAGGAGGCUCCCGAUGGUUGAGUUCCAUUCUUCAUUUUGCAUAUUGCAAAUGGAUGACUCUAGAGGCCUCCCACGGGUGAAGCUCAGAGUUUUAUUUGGACUAUCUCAGAACUCUAAAUAGGGGCAUGGAUCAGGUCAUCUCUUCAGAGAGUAUGUGUACAGAUCAGCUGUCUUUAUAUUAGAAAGUAAAUUGCACGGAGGAUUAAUUUAAUGCAGACUCUAAUGAUUAUAAUUGGCAGACCAACACCUGUUUUGCUUGAAUAAUUUGUGUUUGGUGGAAUUUCACUCUCUCACACUUAGCCUAGAUUUGCCUGUGAAUCACAAGGCGUGGGGCAGUUUGUGUAUGCAAGGAUUUCCACCACCACCUUCUGAGGGCGUGACCCAAAACGUUAUGUUGGUGGAAAGAUGACGUGUAAAUGCUUGGGGGUUUUUCUGCCUGUCACCUGUGCAUUUAUGUACCUGUGUCAUAUCCACUCUGAGCCUGACACAUUUUUAUGCAGAUCAUACCUUAAAUGCCUUAUUUGUCCUUCAUGAUUGCAUUCUUGCCUAGUUGAUAUCAAGGGGAUCCAACCUAGUCAGCCAUAUAGACUGGAUCCUAGUUUUGAGAUGCCUUUCUCCUCCGCAGCUGCUUCUCCAACUGCAUGUACAGGUAUAUCAGGUAGCAUUCCUAGAGGGUAGAUGCUCUGAGCCCUACCUUUUCCCAUCGCAAUGCAGCAGUUCAGGUUGUAGUGGGAAGCCUUUUUGGGGAGCGUGGACCACUUGCAUUGCUAGUGUCUCCUAAGGAACAGACAGCAGGCUGUAUCAGCUCAUACGGACCUACUGCUGGAUCCAGCUCAUAGACAGAUCUAUGCUUUAUUACAGGCUAGAUAAGCAGAGAAAACACUUCUUUACUUACGUUCUGUUCCCCCCGUACCUCAAUUAGAAUGUGCAUUUGUGUGAAUGUACACGUGCAGUUCAAAGCAGCAUUGCUUUUAGCAGAUACAUGAAUUGUCCACCAAGGAAGAGAUGUAGUGUGGUUCAAUGUUAGAAGCAGGGUGAUAGGAGAUUAUAGCAGGUUAUUGCUGUGGCAUACAUGUCUUUCGUUAUACAUUCUAAGAAACACAGCUGUGAAACUGACUGAGAAUAUCACCAUAUUCUGUAAGUAUGAAAUGUCUCCCCUUUUUGUAAACUUGUUUUUCUUACAUAUUUGAAGUGUAUGAAUUGAUCUUUGUCAUAAAAAUGUAAAUCCAUGCUUUUUUACUUAGAGUAAAUUCUGUUGAAUUACUUCA